AUGUCUCGCCUGUUCAGGGAGAAGGGAGGCCAAGGGGACUCCACGAGGGCGACCAAUGGGAGCUCCCUGCCUUCCGCCUCUGAGGAUCUCCCCUCUCCUUUUGGGGAAUUGGGCUGCAGCCUGUCCACGGCGGAGCUCCGGGAGACUGCAUACGAGAUCUUCGUCGCCGUCAGCCGGACCACCGGCGGUAAGCCCCUCACCUACAUUUCGCAAGCCGACAGGUCUCCCGCCGGAGGAACGCCGGAGAAGUCGCUGUCGCCGUCUCUGUCGACGGUAUCCCCGUCGUCGGCCUCGCCGUCGCUGCAGAGGACUCUGACCGCCACGGCGGCCAGCAAGAUGAAGAAGGCUCUGGGGCUGAAGUCCAAGAAGAGCCCGGGGAAGGAGAGCAGCCCGUCGAAGCCGCCGAAGAAGCCACUGACGGUGGGCGAGCUUGUAAGAGUCCAGCUGGGAGUCUCCGAGCAGAUGGACGCCCGGAUCCGGCGGGGUUUGCUCAGGGUUUCAGCAGGACAGGUAAAGCUGGAUCUAUCUUUUUUUCUCUCCCCUCGUUUGUGAGAUCUGCGCGUGAUUCGUCGGUGGGGUGCUCUCUGAGUUGUCGCAUCGGAUUCUUGUCGGUGAUGUGCCCGGUGCAUGCAGUAGCCGCGUUGUUUCUUCCCUAACUGCAAUCGAACCCAGAACCUUUUGAUGAUUCUCUCUGCCAGAAUUUCUCGCGACCGGAAUUGCACCUCUCUUUCUAUGAUCACUUCUCGUCAACGGCACGCUAUGCCAUCUAUAUUUGCUUUCACUCGUGCCCAUAGAAUCCUUUGCCUUCCGCUGAAGCGGACGGUUCCUUCUUGCCAUUUCAUUCUUUUUUUCGCCGUGGUUGGCGUAGGAAGCUCGAAAAUGAUUUGCCUUGUCCUGUAAAAACCAGUUCUUGAACUCCCUCAUUCUUUGAGAAUUUUUCUGGUCGAACUUCAGGCGGUUAUCAGUUGACUUUGAUGAUCAUGUUUGAACUGAGUUGCUGAAUCCCUCACCAUUGGAUUAAUGCAGUCCACGAACCUCAUUUUUUAUAUUUAGAGCUGUAUUUUUAUAUCGGAUUAAUGCAAGCUAUCAUUGGGACCUCCGAUUUUUCAUCUUCUUUCUAAAUAAGAUUGACAUUCAUCCGGAUGUUACAGUGAGCUAUGGAAUCACUGACGCUGAGCUAUGGAAUCAUCUUCUUCUUACAGUUGGGGAGGCGUGUGGAGUCCAUGGUGUUGCCACUAGAGCUACUGCAACAGUUCAAGGCUUCAGAUUUCCCAGACCAGGAGGAGUACACGUCCUGGCAAGCAAGAAAUUUAAAGGUCCUUGAUAUGGGUUUGCUCCUUCAUCCCCAUGUUAAACUAAGCAGAUCGGAUACUGCGUCUCAACGGCUCCGGCAGAUCAUAAAUGGAGCUUAUGAACGACCCUUAGAGACCGGAAAGAACUCAGAGUCAAUGCAGGUGUUACGCAGUGCUGUGAUGGCACUAGCUGGUAGAUCUUCUGAUGGAUCUAUCUCUGAUAAAUGCCAUUGGGCAGAUGGGAUUCCCCUAAAUCUUUACUUGUACCAGAUUCUAUUGGAAGCGUGUUUUGAUCGUGAAGAAGGGUCGAUCAUUGAAGAAGUUGAUGAGGUCUUGGAUCUUAUUAAAAAGACUUGGUCUAUCCUUGGAAUCGAUCAGGUUUUGCACAAUCUCUGCUUCACAUGGGCGUUGUUCCACCAUUUUGUUAUCACGGGCCAAGUGGACACGGAUUUACUAUUUGCAGCUGAUAACCAGUUAGCAGAGGUCGCAAAGGAUGUUAAAACAAACAAGGAUCCCAUAUACUCCAAGAUCUUGAGUUCGACUUUGAGUUCAAUAAUGAAUUGGGCUGAACAGCGGCUUCUUGCUUAUCACGAUACCUUUCAUGCUGGCAAUAUGGAUUCAAUGUAUAGUAUUGUUUCUUUGGGAGUAGCAGCUGCGAAGAUACUGGUGGAAGACAUUUCCCAUGAAUAUCGUCGUAAAAGGAAAGAGGAAGUUGAUGUUGCUCGCAGCAGAGUCGAUGCCUACAUUAGAUCCUCACUUCGUACAGCUUUUGCGCAGGCAAGUCUGAAAGAAAUAUGGGGAUAUAAUUGCAUUCAUUUUGCAAAAAAAAAUAUUUAUUUAGAGUAUAUACACGAAAAUUUUCUUCAACAUUGUUGUUUAUCUUUGUGCUGAUCUCUCUAUUCCCUACCAUUCGGCUAUUUUGGAUGAAAUUUCAUGAUUACUUCUGGAUGUGGGGUAAGUUUGGAUGCUGGGGUUGAGCCAGGAAAUGGAUUUUCCUUUGCUAAAUUUCCACUCGUGAAAAACUAUGGGGAAAAUUUUUAAUAUUUAAUUUUUCCUUCUCGAGUAUACAUAGAAUUGUUGCUUGCAUUGGAGUAAAAUAGACCUCGCCGUAUGUAGAAUGAUCUAUCAACAUUGUCAAAGUAAUCCUUCUUUCAGCCAAUUUAGCUACUUCGUACAGCUUUUGUACAGGCAAGUCUAAAAAAAAUGUGGGGAUGUGAUCGUAUUCUCUUAGAAGUUUUGUAGAUACCUACAAUGGAACUGUUCUGAAGAACACCAAGUUCCUAAGAAAAUAGAAGAGACAAUGUUGUGAUGGACAAUGAUUCGUAGAUAAUACCUCCUCUUUCCUAAUCGGUAUCCUGUUGGUUCAUCAGCUAACAUAAAGUGUUCACAACCUUUACGGUGCUCAGCCUUUUAUUUAUUUUUGACCAACUCAAAGAAGGGGAGAUUAAAGUUGGCGUCUUGCUUAUGUGCCUUGUGAUGUUUAACUGCAUCAUUGAAUUUGCUAAGUUUGUUCUUGUUUUUCUUCUCGCAGAGAAUGGAGCAAGCAGACUCCAAUAGACGAUCCAUGAAGAACCAUGCAAGUCCAUCUCAACCACUUCUUUGCAUCCUUGCAAAGGACAUUGGCGAUUUAGCAAGCAAGGAGAAAGAUCUAUUCACCCCGAUACUGAAGAAAUGGCACCCCCUUGCUGCUGGUGUUGCUGUCGCAACUCUCCAUGCAUGCUAUGCAAACGAACUGAGGCAGUUCAUCUCAGGUGUCGCUGAGCUGACGCCUGACUCUGUUCAGGUUUUAAAAGCCGCGGACAAGCUGGAGAAAGAUCUUGUGCAAAUAGCCGUGGAAGAUUCAGUUGAAAGCGAGGAUGGUGGUAAGGCAAUAAUCCGUGAGAUGCCACCUUUUGAGGCUGAAUCUGCGAUCGCCAAUCUCACAAGAACUUGGAUUAAAACUCGGGUGGACAGGCUCAGGGAAUGGAUAGAUAGAAACGCACAGAAAGAGGUUUGUUUCUCAAGUUUAUGCCAGCUACUUCCGAUUGGGGUCUUCUAUUCCUGCUGAAUAGUAUAUUUUGUCACUCAUGGGAAAUAUGUGAGGCUGUAUUCAUUAAAUGCCUCCUUUUUUUCAGCUCUAUGUUUCUUCUAAUACUUCCAAAUUAGGAUUUGCGGUGUGAAAAUUGAUUGAGCUGAUGUCCAUGCUAAGAAGUGCCAUUAGUUAUAAACGUGUUGGUCUUCUCCUGUUAAGGUUUUGCAUCCACAUGAUGAUUAGAAUAAAUCAGCCCACAGUUUGUAGGCCUAUCAGGACAUCCAUUUUGAUUAUUUUCCCCAUAUGAGCAUGAAAUAUGCUCUCUCCGGACUUACCAGAAUUUUAGGUGUUAUAUGGGAUUGACUUUAUGAAUGUACUCUACUCUUUGUGAUUACCAAGGGAAAACCAUGGCUUUCUAUUCAAUUUGAGCGCCACGGUUUGGUGUAGCUGUAACAUGGUUUAGCCUGACUACUCAAUGCGUUGUCUUGCAUCACCAUUCGUUCAUCCUCUUGUAAUUCAUCCAUGGCUUAGCCAUAUGGAGUGUACUGGAUGGGCAAUGCAAGAACCAUCAUCAUCAUCAUCAUCAUCAUCAAGCCUUAUUUCAUGUACAUGGGCUCGGCUUGUCCUGGUCUAAUCAAGGAUCCACAGGAAUUUCUUGCAUCUUGCUGCCUUCUUGAGAUCAAAUCUCUACAACCUAGAGCUGGAAAUAUGGCUAUACCUGACCUGAACAGGAGAUGUACUGCCAGAAGGGCAAUGAGGAGUGUUGGCUGGCACAAAGCUAUCUUUUUGGCUAGAAAACUAGCUUGAGAGAGAACAAAAUAUACAUAUCACGUAUCUCCCUGUUGUCUGCAACUGUUGUAGAUAUGCCCAUGCCCUGCAGAACAUAAAUAAAAUAGCAUUAGCUUUCCUAAUGUCUUCGUGCAAAGUGCGAAAUUUAAGUAUUCGAACGCCAUCCCUGAGGUAGAUCGAAGAUGAGUUUGCUGUAUCAUAACCUAUAUCUUCUUUUUUAGUGGGAACCCUUCUUUUUUUGCACGACAAUGACAUCUACCGUUUGCAUCAACAAAUGCGUGGCUAUGAACAGUGACUGUUUGAAUGUUCAUCAUUGAGAGUCUGUGAUCUGUCGAAGAAAAAAAAUAAUCUCCCUGAGCGGGCCGCCAUCGUGUUCUAAUUGGCUGCAUUUCUCUGGUGUCUGUAGGAGUGGAAGCCAGGGGCGAACAAAGAGAACAUUGCCCCCUCUGUGGUGGAGGUCCUACGGCUGCUAGAUGAGAACUUGGAUGCUUUCUUUCAGCUGCCAAUUCCCAUGCACCCUGCCUUGCUUCCUGACUUGCUCUCGGGGCUUGAUAAAAGCCUCCAUCACUACAUAUCGAAGGCAAGGUCCGGAUGUGGUAAGUCAUGGCGUCAGCAAAGGUCCUUCUGGCGGCGUCCUUCCUCGGAGAAGUACCUAACUACGUAUUUAUUUCUUCAGGGACGAGGAACAGCUUCAUGCCUGCACUGCCAGCACUAACCAGAUGCACAAUUGACGCGAAAUUGUGGAAGAAGAAGGAAAAGCCCCAAAACCCACAGAGGAGAUCUCAGGUGGGAACGAUGAAUGGCAACGAUUCACUCAGCCUGGCGCGGCUGUGUGUCCGCAUGAACACCCUGCACCAUAUACGAACAGAGUUGGAAAACCUUGAAAGGAAAGUGAUCACCUGCUUGAGGAACGUCGAAUCAGCGCAGGCAGAUGUCUUAAAUGGUCUGGAGAUUAAGUUUGAGCUCUGCCUGGCCGGCUGCCAAGAAGGGAUCCAGCAUCUCUGUGAGGUCACGGCCUACAAGACUGCCUUCCGUGAUCUUAGCCAUGUCUUGUGGGAUGGCUUGUACGUCGGAGAGCCGACGGCUUCAAGGAUCGAGCCGGUGCUGAAGGAGCUGAAUCAGACUCUGGAGCUUAUAUCAAGCACGGUGCACGACAAGCUGCGGAAUCGCGUGGUGACCGCGCUGAUGAAGGCCACAUUCGACGCGUUUCUUCUGGUUCUCCUUGCAGGCGGGCCAUCUCGGGCGUUUUCUUCUCAGGAUUCUCAGGUAUUUGAGCAUGAUUUCAGAUCUCUCAAGGAUCUGUACCUUGCUGAUGGUGAUGGGUUGCCGGAAGAACUGGUCGAGAAAGCUGCAAUGCAAGUGAGGGCCAUGCUGCCCCUCUUCCGCGCUGACACAGAGAACCUGAUCGACCGAUUCAGGCGCACAAUGGCAGAAAGCUAUGGCCCCGUGUCGAAGUCUAAGUUCCCGCUGCCCCCCACUUCGGGCCAUUGGAGCCCGACAGAACCCAACACCAUCUUGCGCGUUCUGUGCUACAGGAACGACGAAGUUGCCUCGAGAUAUCUCAAGAAAACUUACGGCCUCCCCAAGAAGCUAUGA